AUGUCCUUGUCCACAAUAGUAUAUCCCGAACCUGUGACUAAGGCUGUUUUGCUUAUUCACGUCUUGUCUCAGUCUAACAGUAAGCAGAACAGUGUGAUUAUACAUUCAGGAUGGGGUUCGGUGAAAUCUGCACUUAAAAUGGAAAUUUUCCCUCAUGCUGUUUUUGGAAUCCUAACUUCUGGAAUGCCAAGAGUGGAAUGGAAUUGUGUGGCCUGUAAAAACUGUGACAGGGUCACAAGAGCUUCAAGUGCCUUCAUCCAGAGUGUUGAACGCUGCAGCUCUAGACAAGUGCGUCUGGCAUCUUCACGAUUAUGUGUCUUUCCUCAGGAGUAUAACUGUAUCCCGUCAUGUGGGCCAGCUGGAGGAGAACUUAAUGUGGAGUUUGGAAUUUGCCACUGUAAAGAAUAUACCUUACCUGAAGAUUUGUGUGACACUUUCUGUUUGGCUAGUAGCCCACAAAUAUCUGCAGUUCUGACGUCAUUUGGGGAGCUCCAGUUAAUCAUUCGGGAGAAAUCAAGCAGAAGCAAGAAACUGAUUGUUAAAGAGGUAUUGGGUCCAGUCAAACAUGUGCGGAAUACUGAAAGAGUACAUUUUGUUCACUUUGGACCAUCAGGUGUUUUGGGUGCCAUUAUGUUCCAACACGAUUUUGUAGAUGCAUUUCUGGAAGAAAACGCUGGUUUAGAAUUCAUGCGUAACAAAAGAAACACUGAAAUGGUAACAUCUAGGCUGAAUGGCAUUCAUAUUCCCUCGAUUCAAAAUCCUGUGGUGUGUCUGCACCCAAAUGACAUGAUCUUGUUUCAGCUUUGGAUAAAUCAGACAAGUCGCAGUUCAAGUCAUUACCCCAUCUAUGAAAAGGAUCAUCUCUUUAACAGCAACCCAGAAUGGGAUUUUGGUGAUUUUAGAAGACUGGAUCACUAUGCUAGAGAAACACAGUUUAACAUCUCUAGGUUUGCUCAUAUUUUCCUGAACCCUGGCAAAUAUGUGUUCUCUGACAAUGUAAACUCAGCUCAUAGUUUAACUGUCAUUGUCAAUGAAUUUAAUGUUGAAUGUGAUCCAUCAGUCUCUUCUGUUCAACCUACAUCCCCUCUUCAACUCAUCAAGCAUGGUGUGCAGAAACAGAAAGUCCUCCAUUUGACUCCAGACUGGCCAGCCAUUACAGGUACCAUAACCACUUUGGCACUUCUCACUGUCAUCCUGACAGUCUCAGCUCUUGUGCUGAAGCCCUCACAUUAUGUAUUAAAUCCUAUGAAAUGCUGGAUGCCAAAAUGGAGGAGUCUUGGGGAAUCUUACAUACCACCUGAAUACGUUCUUAUGAAGGAUAGCUUGCAGUAUUAUGAAAUGCUGGGACAUCCUAGAGCAGGAGAAGGUACUGAGACUGAAGAGGAAGCCAUGCUGGUAACAGCUGAUAAGAAAAGUAUCAUGGAGCUAGAAGAUUUCUGUGUUCGGACAUUGUAUGACAAACUUGAAGAUCAGACAUUGCACAUCACAUCACAGGUGGCUCAGCACAGGAAAGAUAUAUAUGGAUUUCAUAAGCAGAUGCUUCAGCAGAUCUGUUCACUGAAGGACAUACUGGAAGGAGUGGAUUCAAAAGAUGUAAAGGACCUCUUGCAAGAAGUGGUAGACAAGACUGUGACAUUUCCUGUGCCUACAUUGGAAUCUACCCACAUGAACAAUCAUGUUGGUAGAGGUGUUGUUGGAUUGCACAGCCAAUACCAGUCACUUCCAGAUUCCACUUCUCAGGAAGAACGAGAGUUAAUGAAAACCCUCAAAGUUUUUUUGGAUCAGAUCAGUUUUGGAAGGAUUUCUGUCAGGAGGAGUACUGCUGAACAGGUGAACAGUCAGUGCCAUCAGACUUUAUCCCAGGAACAUUUAGUUAGCCACAGUAAGGAAACAAUGAACAGUGAUAAAACCAGAGAAAUUGUCUGCUCCUCCAUUCUAGGAGAUGAACUUCAUAUCCAGACGGCAGCAUCAUUAAUGGUGAAUACUGAAGAUGUUCUGCAUCUGAUCAUGUCUUGUCCUGUAGCUGAAACACUGAAACAAAUAAAGCAGACGCUGCAGACAAACUGUCAGCAACAGAUACAUGAAGAAGAGAAUGGCCUGUCCGCUAGGACUGGGACCAAGGCUAAUGAAGCUGUGGAAGAAAAUGCUCUUGUACCAGUUGAUAUAAGCACACUUUCCAGUAGACAUUUUGUCAUUUAUCGCUUUGGCUGUUUCAUUGUUCGUCUUCUGUGCAGUGAAUAUGGCUAUCAUCCUCUGACCCUCUUGUUAGCAAAAAGCAUACCGAUAUCCAGCAUUACAGAUCUCAAAGGGACUGUCUAUGCAUCUGAGUUCUACUAUGAUGCUAACAACAGGAUUUUGUAUAUGAAGGAAAUGUGGCUAGAAAAUCUAGGACAAUUCAUCGUUAUUUUAAUUCACACAAUGGCGUAUAUUAACACAACAGGCAUGAGAAAUAAUCAUCACAGUGUCUUUGCUGAAGAAUUCCACAGGACAGUUGCAGCUCUGGCUACUGCCUUUUUCUACUGUUAUACAGAAACAUCUCAACCAAAGAAAGGUUCGGCGCAAACUGAUUACUGUGCUAUAUUUGAAGAUUUAAUUUACAUCAAAGUUCCACCAAGUAUGAAAUUUUUUGAAGAACUUCUGUCAGAAAGACUGAAACAUUAUAGACAAUAUGGAAGGUAUAAGCAACUGCAAAGUCUAUUUCAAAAGAAGAGGACUGCAAGCAAAUUUGAUCCAGACCAAUUAACCUUUCCUGAGACAGCAGAACAAGCCAGUAAUGCAAGUAACACCUUAGGAAGUACACAUGAGACAGCAAAGGUGAAUAUGGAACUUGAUUUCCUGAAUGAAACCUUAAAUGAUAACAUGACAAAGUUGCUGGAGUGCUUAACAGACAUACAACGUUUAGAGCAUGACAUCAGACAGUGGGAGAAUCAGAGUGAGGGUCUUGGCUUUGCUUCUAAGAGAGAAGAAUUGGACUUUGCCAGCCUUUUGGAUGCAUUAGUGCAGCAUCGAGACCAGGCAUUGAUGUUGGAAAUAAGAAAACAUUGCUUGGCAAAAAAGAUAGAAGAAACUGAACAGAAUUUUAAUCAUUAAAAGAUCUUCAUAUCCUAAAGAAUGUAAACACUUCCACCUUCCACUUAGUAGUUAGUUCUAUAGGAUGUAAUAGCAGUAACCUGACUACACAGGCAGUCAUACCUUAUGUACUUUAAAUAUAAUGUCUUAAGUAUAAAAGAAACAGUCACAUUAAUUAUGUACAGGUGACCUUUCAGUACAAACAUAAGUAAGUAUAUAAGUAAAAGAGAGCAAAGAAAAAAUCACGAUGACAAAUAUAUGAGCAAACACUAAAAUAAAAAUUUAGUUGGAAUCAAACAUUUUUUAUUUUUUUUUUUAAUUUUCCAUUGUAAGGAAUCCAACCAGUUUAUCAUGUGGUAACAUACAACUGAACCGUAUCGCAUAAGUAAAAAGGAUUGACGAUGCCUGUCCAGUAAUACAUUGAGCUCAGUUCCAAAAGACUUUCUCUCAGUGUAAGUGACCGCUUGUACUGAGAGUAGGCUAAGUGCAGAUCUUUUAGAAUCUGGCUCAAUCUAAGUCUGUUUAUAGAUUGACCUUACCCAAACAUAAGACACUCACACUGAGUGCAGUAUUUAUGGAAUCUGGCUUUUGUAAGUCUGUUUAUAGAUUGACCUUUUACAAACAUAAGUCACUUACACUAAGUGCAACACUUUUGGAAUGUUGCCCAUUGAUAUACAAGAAUAGUGAGAGAACACUGCACUUCUGUUAAUUCUCUAUAGACUUUGAGUUAGGUGACUUCACAAACUGAAACUAGAGGGUGAGAUUAGAUUAUGUCAUUCAUACACAGAUUUCAUAAGGUUUACAGCACAUACUUUAUGCUUUGAUAAUACAUCUGCACUUCCUUCUUUCUGAAAAGUAUUUGUUUAAUUAUAUUACUUUAGACUUGUUAGCAGCAUCGAAGGAAAAUACACAAUUUAGCAACUUCAAAGGAAAUACUCACUGGUUGAAAUAUUUUUUGAGUUCACUGUUUUUUGUUUUGAUGACUGUUAUGCAGGAAAACACUUUAAUCACCAAUAGUAAACUGUAGUAGUGGUAAUAAAUGCAUUUAUUUGAAAA